ACUUUGUUUGGUGAAUGUUCCUGAACGCACCUCGGCUUGUCCCUGUUGCUAUAGAAACGGAGCAGGCUAACGGUAGCUAGCUGCUAGCAACAUCUAGAGAGACUCUGAUCAUUCAUUCAUUCAUCAGACAUGGAGGACCGCUACGUCUUCCUCACCGAGUGGUUCGACCCGACUGCAGCUCUGCUGCGGCGCUACCAGCUCUUCUACUACCCCAAAGACCGAUCGGUGGAGAUGUUUGAUGUGAAACACCAGCGGAUCUUUCUGAGGAGGACCACAUACGAGGAGCUCCACCAGGAGGACCUGUUCGUUGGGAACCGAGUCAACGUGUUCUCACGACAGCUGAACCUGAUCGAGUACGGAGACCAGUACACGGCCAACAAGCUUGGCAGCAAGAAGGAAAGAACUCUGGCUCUGGUAAAACCAGAUGUGGUCACCAAGAUCGGAGACGUCCUGGAGUUGAUUUACUCCUCUAACCUGAUCGUGACCAAAGCCAAGAUGACCACGCUCACAUGGAGGCAGGCGGCCGACUUUUACGUGGAACAUCAGUCGAAGCCGUUCUUCAAUAACCUGGUGCAGUUCGUGUCUUCGGGGCCCAUCGUCGCCUUGGAGGUGAUGGGCGACGAGGCCGUGUCUAUCUGGAGGAGGCUCCUGGGACCCGCGGACUCCGCCGCGGCGAGGAAGGAGGCGCCGCAGAGCGUCCGGGCUCAGUUCGGAACAGAUGGCGUCAAAAAUGUCGGUCACGGCUCCGACUCGCUGGCUGCAGCGGCGAGAGAGCUUGAAUUCUUUUUCCCGUCCACCAUCGGUCACGGUCCCCCCAACACCGCCGUCUACACCGACUGCACCUGCUGCAUCAUCAGACCUCACGCCGUCUCAGCAGGUCUGACGGGGAACAUCCUGAACUCCAUAUCAGCAGCUGGAUUUGAGAUCUCAGCGCUUCAGAUGUUCAACGUGGACCGGGCCAACGCAGAAGAGUUCUAUGAAGUUUAUAAAGGAGUCGUCACAGAGUACCCUAGCAUGGUGACCGAGCUGUGUUCUGGACCCUGUAUGGUUCUGGAGAUCCACGGCACCGACACACCGCAGUCGUUCAGGGAGUUCUGCGGGCCGGCCGAUCCAGAGAUUUGCCGUCACCUCCGUCCGACCUCGCUGCGAGCUCUUUACGGGACGGACAAAGUGAAGAACGGCGUCCACUGCACGGACCUCCCCGAGGACGGCGUGCUGGAGGUUCAGUAUUUCUUCAAGAUUCUGGACGGCUGAAUGCAACAAGAACAAACGUGGAACUCCACACUCUCAUUUUUCUGUUUAUUGUUUCAGCCUUAUGCAGAUUAAAUAAAGUGACAAGAGCAGACUCCUGACAAGUGUUUUGAUCUUCAACAUUGAAUUAAGUAUUUUCACACCAACUAAACAUCUUAUUACACGGGAUACUGCAUUGCCUCUGAUGUUCUCCGACUCUUUUUGACCAGCGACUUUGGUAUUGGAUUCAUACAUUUACACUUU